UAGUUUUCCUUUUAUUUUAGACACUGAGUUUGCUUAAACCCUAAUCUCAUUCAUUCUUUCAAAAAACACUAGAUUGAGUUUUGAUUUAAAUUACAAUAAUACCUUAAACUUAAAUUAGCAUCCUCUCUCUUUCGGUCUUCCUCCUCUCUCUCCCUCUUGCUUCCAGAAACACGAACGACUACACGAACCUGCUCCUCGCCUCGCCGUUGGCCUUUCGUCAAAACUCAAAAGUCAAGCUCCGCCACUGAAGAUGGAUGAGAAAAAUGGAAGAAAGAUCGAAGAAGAAGCUGAAACCCGAAACCAAAAGCAGAACAACAGUAAAAAGCGCAAGCAAGUUUUCCCAUACGGAAACUACAAGAGUUACUACAACUAUCGAAUUAGUGAAGGCGUGGAUGAAGAUCCUCGGUUGAAAGUGUUCAGGAAAGUGUUUGAAGGGAAGGAAUGUCUUGAUAUUGGCUGCAACAAUGGCAUAAUCACCAUACAAAUUGCACUGAAGUUUGGCUGCCGGAGCAUUCUUGGAGUUGACAUUGAUUCCGAUCGAGUGGCAGAUGCAAAUUGGAAUUUGAGAAAAACUGCUAGAUUGUCUGCCGGGAAUAAACCGUCUAAGGUCACCAAAUUGGAAUUUGAUACGAAAGAGGUUUCAAAAGAGCUUUCUUGUUUGGAGCAAGUUGAUCUGUUUAAUGUUGUUUCUUUUAAACGAGAAAAUUUUGUUCAGAGUUGGCACUCACCAGGAAAGCACUAUGAUACUAUUCUUUGUCUGAGUGUAUCAAAAUGGAUACAUCUAAAUUGGGGAGAUGACGGCUUACUUACAUUAUUUUCAGAGACUUGGAAGCUGCUCCGACCAGGUGGCAUUUUUGUGUUGGAACCUCAGCCAUGGAAGUCAUAUGAAAGCAACAAGAGUGUGUCAGAGACCACUGCUGCCAACUACCAUAAUAUUAAGUUUCGACCAGAAGAAUUUCAGGAAAUACUGCUAGAUAAGAUUGGAUUUAGAAAAGUAGAAGCGAUCACUUCAGAAUUGUCGGGUAGCAAGACUGGUUUCAAUAGACCAAUUUUAGUUUUCCAAAAAUAACCCAUGCAGAAAGCCAUAUGAUGAGUCAAUGUGAUUGUUCCCUGUAGAGAAGUGUAUAUUAUAUAUUUUGUGAUCGAGUGAUUAUUGUCUAUUAGUGAUUGCUAAUAGACAAUCGCUAAUAGACAACAAGCUUUUGCAUGCGAUGAAGAUGUUCUUCAAGAUAAUGACUUACAUGCAUGGAAGCAAAUUUUUGGUUGAAUGAAAAUAUAUAUUUUGUCUCGUGUGUA